CACUUGUUUUUGUUUUUUUUUAACUAUCAAAUCUCGAAACGCGUCAAAGCACUUCAAAAACCCAACACAUACAAGGUGAUGUAAUCUGGAAUGACUGGUGACAAUUUAGCUGCUAAUCCGGCGAGUGAUGAAAUGGGAAAAGAAAAAUAGGAAAGAGAUAUAAUUACCAAUAAGUAGCAAAUAAUAAUGGCCAUCAUAUAGAGCUAACAACCUUCGUAUAAAUGGCCUAAAUGCUGAUCCCAUUUCGCGCUCUUCUUUCCGAGCUGUCAAGACCCCAUCAAACCCUUUUAAGAACCCAAAUUUUGCAUGCUUUUAUAAUCAAGACCCACCUGUCAAGAGACCCGUUUUAUGCAACAAGGCUUGUGCGAUUAUAUGCCAUAAAUAACGACCUGUGUUCAGCCCACCAACUGUUUGAUGAAACUCCCCAAAGAAGCAUUUUCCUGUGGAACUCCAUUAUUCGAGCUUAUGCUAAAACCCACUUGUUUUCAGACGCAUUUGCGUUGUUCAAGCGUAUGCUUAGUUUGGAAACUAGCCCUGAUAAUUUCACCUUUGCGUGUAUUCUGCGGGCGUGUUCUGAAAAAGCUGAUAUAAAUGGAUUGGAGAUUGUGCAUGGUCUAGGUGUUGUUUUAGGCUUUGGAUUGGACUCGGUUUGUUGUAGUGCACUUGUCAGUGCUUAUUCGAAAUUAGGUCAUCUUGAUAAAGCAAGUAGAGUGUUCUAUGGGAUUCUUGAGCCAGAUUUAGUGUUGUGGAACUCGAUGAUCUCGGGUUAUGGAUGUUGUGGGAAUUGGGAGAAAGGGAUGGAAUUGUUCAGGAAGAUGAGAGAACUGGGGAAAUGCCCUGAUAGCUAUACGGUCGUUGGGUUGAGCAUCGGUUUAACAGAUCCUACUCUGCUCAGAAUUGGAGAAUCAGUUCAUGGUUUUUGUGUCAAAUGUAAUUUUGGUUGGAUUGGUCAUGUGAAUAGUGUGCUUGUGAAUAUGUAUUCUAGGUUGAAGUGUAUGGAUUGGGCGUAUAAACUUUUUAAUAGUUUGUUACAACCUGACUUAGUUACAUGGUCUGCCCUGAUAACGGGUUUUUCUCAGGCAGAACAGCAUAAUUUGGCCUUGGAUUUUUUCAGGAAAAUGAACUUGGAAGGCAGAAAGCCUGAUCAUGUAUUGAUUUCUAGUGCAUUGGCAGCUGCUGCUCAGACUGCAAUUGUAAGGCCUGGGUGUGAGUUACAUGGUUAUGCUAUUCGACAUGGAUGCCAUUCAGAGGUCACGGUGUCAUCUGCUCUAAUUGACAUGUAUGCAAAGUGUGGAUAUUUGGGGUUGGGGAUGAAGCUUUUCAAGUCUAUGCCUAAAAAGAAUAUAGUUUCAUACAACUCAAUAAUCGCCUGUCUUGGCUUGUAUGGAUUUGCAGCUGAGGCCUUUCAAAUUUUUGAGGAGGUACUUUCAGAAGGCAUCAGGCCAGAUGAAUCUACAUUUGCUGCUCUACUUGGUGCAUGCUGUCAUUCUGGCCUCGUUGAUACUGGUAGGGAAUAUUUCAGAAGAAUGAGAGAUGAAUUUGGCAUUUUGCCUAAGAAUGAGCAUUAUGUUCACAUGGUCAAGCUUAUUGGAAUGGCUGGAGAACUAACAGAGGCUUUUGAACUUGUCCAAUCACUACAACAGCCGGCUGACUCCAGCAUUUGGGGUGCACUUCUGUCAUGCUGUAAUGUUCAUGAGAAUUAUGAAUUGGCGGAGGUGGUUGCUGAGAAUCUCUUUAAAAGUAAGCAAACAAAAAACAGUUACAAGGUUAUGCUCUCUAACAUCUAUGCUAGUGAUGGAAGAUGGGAUGAUGUCCAAAAAUUGAGGUUUGAUGCAGAAGACCUUAGAGGGAAAAUUCCUGGGAUUGCUGGAUUGAUAGUGUGAAAUUAGUGAAGUGUGAAACAGGUGCAUGAUUCAGUGCAUCACGGCAUCUUGGUUGAACCCUCUUCCAUAAAUUAGUAGCCAAGCAACUGGAUCUGCAUAGCUGACAAACAUUUUAGGUUUUAUUUUCUCUGAUGAUCAAGUCUAAGCUGCCAGCUAAUUGGGAUAUGGAUAACUAAACAUCGACGGAGCUUCAAGUUACUAAUGACUGGAUAAGUCAAGGUGUUGAACAGCUAUGUCCUCAAAGACAGUCCAAGGCGAUUUAUAAGGUGGCUUCUUCUUGUAAUAGGAGGAGGAUUCAGUACGGCCCUGUUGGAAUGCCCAACGAACCACAUUUUAAAGAUGUCUACAGAACUUAAGAACAAGUUCUUGAGGAUUGGAAGAAUUUGGUGGAAGAUGUAACAAAGAAAUUAGGGGGAUAGGAAUUAAUCUUCUCUGUUAUCUAAAUUGGGACAUGGUGUCUUAUAAGUGUUGGUGCCAGUCAAAUGGGAGUUGCAAAAGUAAAUUGUAGCUGGAAAUUGUAGAUCCCCAGUUAUUUGUACUGUUGUUUUCCUUGUUUUAGAUUGAGAGUGGCUCUAGAAGAUAGGGAGGAGCAGCAUUUUGAGAGAAGCAUAGAAGCUAGAGAGGUGCAUCGUUAUGUAAUCUGAAAACUGAAGAAGAUAAUUGCGG